AUGAGGAGUUAUAAAAAUAUUUGUGCUAUACUUAAAAGUGCUAGGCCUAAUAAUUUGCUUACAGCAAUAAGAAAUCAUUAUGAAUCUGAUAAAAAUAUUGUAUCAUAUAAACUUGAUCAAUUACCUGCUGUAAUAUCCCUCAAAGUUAAGUAUCAGAAAUGUCUUUCUAUAAGAAAUUUUAUUGAAAUAUUAUGUAGUUUUACAGCUAUUACAACAUUAGUUAUCAAGAAAACAGAUUUUGAUGCAAUUGCUAUUUUUUGGAACCUUGAUCCUAAAGAAGCUGAAAAUCUUAAGUUUGACCAAGAAUGCUCUAUCCCAGAUACUAUGACACUUAAACAUUUUUAUAUGCGAAAUAUUUAUAGUAGUAAAGAUAUGAAUAAUGAGAUUUAG